UUUUUACCUGUGUUUUUUACUUUUUGUGGAAUGAGAAGUCGUCACACAUAAAUAAUUAUCACCUAGAUUGUGAAAUAAACAAUUAGCUUAGAUAAAUUAAUCAGUACUUUUUCAAGUAUUUAGUAGUUUACAAACUAGCAGCAAAAAUUUUAAAAUGGCUGAUAUGAGUGAUAAAUACAACACAAAAUGCCCAGGUGUUAAAAGAUUAAUGCGAGAGGCUUUAGAACUAGCAGAAGCGACUGAAGAAUACUGUGCUAGGCCCCUGGAGGAUAAUCUAUUUGAAUGGCAUUUUACAGUAAGAGGUCCUCCGGGAACCGACUUUGAAGGUGGGAUAUAUCAUGGAAGAAUAUUGUUGCCUAAAGAAUAUCCUAUGCACCCACCCCACAUUAUACUUUUAACACCCAAUGGAAGAUUUGAAAUAAAUAAGAAAAUAUGUUUAUCAAUAUCAGGACACCAUCCGGAAACGUGGCAACCUUCAUGGUCUAUAAGGACAGCUUUGUUGGCCUUGAUUGCGUUUAUGCCAACUCCUGCUGAGGGAACUAUUGGGGCAUUGGAUUAUUCACCCGACGAGCGUAAAAGACUUGCCAAAAAAUCUAUAAGUUGGGUGUGUUUACAGUGUGGUGAAAUUGCACCUCUGUUGUCCUCAAAUGCUGCUACACCAAUUACCGAAGAAGAGAAAUCUGUACUUAAUCAAAUCGCAUUUAAAGGAGAAGAGGAACAGGCUGCUAAGCCCCCUGAAGAACCAGCUUAUGAACCUGAGCCACAAGUAUUGGAAUCUGUUGACAAUAGCACCACCUUUUUAGAUCAAAUGUUGGAAAUCAUUGUUGCAUUGUUGAUAGGGGCAGUUGCUAUUUUCAUAUACAGGCGCUGGAAUGCAUAUGCUUCUGUUGAUACAGAAUUAUAAGCAUCCUGUAUAAAAUUGUAUCCUUAGGCCUAAGUAUACUAUUAAAAUAUCAUAUUUACUCAAUAUUAUCCAAAUAAUAUCAUGAAGUGUUUGGCAUUAGUAAAAUCUUUAAUGUAUUAUAAAUAUCAUUGCCUGGCGUUGGAAAAUUGUGUAUGUAAAAUUGUGAUUUUAAAUAUUAGUAGUUUUUCUAAUAAGAAUAUUUAAAAAAAAAAAAAUUCAUUUUGGUGUCUUUUUGCAGUAAAAUUAUGAAUAAUAUUGACUUUAAUCAUAACUGUUUGCUUACUCUGCAUAUAUCAUGUUUCGCUAUAAAAAGGAAUAAGGUAUUGACAAUGCAUGGUAGCUUUUUGAUGAGUGGAUACUGGAUAUCCUAGCAUACUAUGAUGUUUAGUUAUCAAUUAUCAGAUCAGCCUUGGAUUAUUUACACCAAGAAUUUCUUUCUAUAGUUUUAUACUAAUAAAGUACUAUAGACUUUUACUGAGAUUUGACUGUCAAAACUUUAUUAAAUUUACUAACAUGUAUUGUUAUGAAAACAUCACUUUACAUUGUGAUUUUUUUUGUGAUUGUUAGCAUAUAUUAUAUUUUAUUUAAAAUUAUAUUGGAUUAUAAUGUAACAUAGUUGUUUUUGUAUUGUAUAGUGUGAGUAUUCCUAGAACAAUAAGACAGAUACAUAUAAUGAAUGUAGAAAAGACAUUCCAAAUAUUUCUUGAAUCGUAUUACCAUUAUAAAUAUUUACUUUAUCAUCAGUUCAACAAGAUCCAUUUUGGUAUUGCUGCUAGAAUAAUACUUCUCUUACAAAAUAAUAUUACUAAUGAAUAACACUGCCAUAACACAGAUAACACUUUUGAAGUCACAUAUUGUUUACUAGAUAUGGUAACAAAACUGAUAUAAGAUAAUAAAUUAAGGUCUUACACUUUCAGCCAUAUCAAUCAUUUUAUUUAAGUAUAUUUAUUAAAGACAGCCCAACAAUUUAAAUUUUUCUCUAUUAUUAUUCAUGUUAGAUAUAAGUCUACUAUAAAAAUACUGUAGAAUUAAUCAAUUAAUAUUUUGAUGUAAUCAAAGCAUUGAGAUGCUGCAGUAUUUAAUUUAUCAAUAUACAUUUUAAAUAUAGAUAAUAAUUAUGUUAAAUGUAAGGAAUGAUACGGUUUUUUCUUUACUAGAUAAGUUAUAAUAAAUUUGUAUGUUGAAAA